AUGCGGCCAUCCACUGCAAGGCUUUUAUGUCAAUCGCUAGAUCCCGGAAGUAUCGGUGAAGAGGAGGAGGAGGAUACAAGCCUUCAAAGCGAAUCCCGACUUGUUCAAGCCAACCAGCGUUUCGUGCCCUCUGCUCCAUCCCGAACACACAUCCCCGGCACUCCUGAGUCGGCUCGCCCUAAGGCAAAGUCGCGCCUUAAUCAGCCCUACAAAUCUCCAGGAAAAAAGCCUACUCCAUCCCAGAGAUAUGGAAAACAACAGCCCUCCACACCGCAAAAUGAUUACCCUUCUCGUGAACCCAGAUCUCCGCCUCAGCCCCUCACCUCGUCCAGUAAAAUGCCCACAUUUGAAAACGAUGCUGAGGGUUUCAUGGGUGGAUUACAGGUUUCGCACGAUGAAAACGAAAAGGCGGACUGGUUCACUUCCCUCCUCACUGUGUUCUCCAUGAUUAUAGUGGUCAUGACCUUUCCCUUCUCCAUGAUAUUUUGUCUCAGGAUCGUCGCUGAGUACGAGAGAGCUGUGGUUCUGAGGAUGGGGCGCCUACUACCUGGUGGUCAGGGCACACGAGGCCCUGGCCUCUUCUUCGUCCUUCCUUGCAUCGACAGCGUGCGGACAGUGGAGCUGCGUACAGUAACCUUCUCCAUCCCACCUCAGGAGGUGCUUACUCGCGAUUCUGUGACAGUGGCUGUUGACGCAGUCGUCUAUUACAGGAUCUGCAAUCCCGCCGUGUCCAUCCUCAACGUUGAGGACGCGGCAAGAUCCACGCGUCUGCUAGCUCAGACUACUCUGAGGAAUGUGCUUGGCACGAAGGAUCUUGCUCAGAUACUCAUGGAUAGAGAGGAGAUGUCGGUGACCAUGCAAGCAACCAUCGACGCUGCUACUGAGGCAUGGGGGGUAAAGGUGGAAAGAGUUGAAAUAAAGGAUGUAAGACUGCCGGUCGCCCUUCAGCGCGCCAUGGCUGCUGAAGCUGAGGCCACGAGAGAGGCUCGAGCAAAGGUCAUCGCAGCAAACGGUGAACACGAGGCUUCGAGUGCAUUGAAGGAGGCUGCCAACGUAAUCGCAUCCUCCCCAAUGGCGCUGCAGCUGCGCUAUCUGCAAACACUGUGCGCCAUCUCCGUGGAAAAGAACUCCACCAUCAUCUUUCCCCUGCCCCUUGACAUUUUGUACAGCAGCGCAGCCGUUGGAGCCAAACUGGGCUCAUCUACCAUCUCGCUGGAUGAGGGGGAUCCUCAAAGUCAGAGGCGGAAGGCAAUGGUGAGGCAGUGGCUGCCCUCGCUCAGCCCUGACCACUCUGUCACACCGAAUCCGCGCGCUCUUUUACCGGGUAUGGGUGAACCAGACCCCCUCAUCCCUCAGCCAGUGCCACCGCAACUACCUGAAAGCCAGCGUAGGCGCUACGAGGCAGCUGCACUUCUGACUGCCGCAGGGACAGCCAUGAAGGCCACCGCCACCAAUGCUGCCACCGCUGCCAGUUCUCUCCCUGCUGCCUCAGUCGUCACAGCAAAAACACGUGACUCGCAGCCACCGCCGCGUCCACAGCUCGGAAUGGGUCACGACGACUUUGACGACACCUGCAGUGAUUCUGUGUAA